ACCGUCUCAGUGUCCUCUGAGGGUCGGCAAACGCUAACACAAGGACAAGCGUCGACAGCAUCCGACUCGGCCAGCCCGCAAGGGACGAACCCCCAACUCGGCCACGAAGAGCGCUCCGGUGGUGGCCGUCUUGGUGGUGAGGGCUCCAGCCGCGGGACCGUCAAUGCAAUUCCCGAGCCGAACGCUGCCCGCAAUGCCCUUUCAACGGCUCUGUCCCAGGUGUUGACUUCGACCUCGGUCGCUGGAGCAACCGCUUCGGGCUGGAGAGCCCUCAACACCUCCGAGGUGCGGUUGGAUGAGCCCACUCCCAUGCCCGAGCCGACAACCCGCACCAGUCUCAGCAACACCCCUGAACGACGGGCAUACUGGCUGGCCCGGGGCACGGCGAUCCCUACGGAUGAUCUGAGCCAGCACCCUGCCGAGACACCACGACCGGCCACAACCACGAGAGCCACCGGUCUGCAUACCCAUAUUCCCUUCCGUCGCGUGGCAGUCAAUCCGGCCAUACACCCGCAGUUUCGCGAGAAAGCAGUGUGCAAGCUCUACUGCAACCACUGCGCGACGCUGAUGUGCAAGCGUGGGAUGAAGGCCAUUUUGUUGGGCAACACCAAGGUCGAGUUGUUUUCAACAGACACGCCUCCUCGAGGCGUGCAACUGAUCCAUCUGGACUAUACGACUCGAAAUUGCCUCUGUAGGAUAAGAGACGCGGCAUGUCUGGGCUGCGGGAAUGUCGUGGGCUAUCAUGUCACCCAGCCCUGCGAAAAGUGCCUGGAGGCAUGCAACAAUGGACAUUUUUGGAUGUUUCAUGCGGAAGGCGUCCACUCGGAGGACCGAAUGGAUCAGAAUGGCCGCCAGCUCCUGAGAUGGGAGUCGCUUCCUCGCUCCGAAGAAGACAAGGAUCAUCUGGAGGGCCGGGCAGUCCAGCUUGCUUGUCGCUGAGACCGGAACGGCACCUCCGACCUCGACAGGAGACACAUACUGGAGCGAGUGGGCGGACAGGGGAGGGUGAAGCAAGGG